UCCCCCCGACUCCCCGAGUACACGGAGUACCCCACCACUUUUCCCCGCUGCCACCUCCUUCCUCUCCCUCCCCCCCUGGUCUCCACUCCCUCCCCUCUUCUUCCCCAACGCAACUCAGCACUACUUCCCUUCCGCCUCCAUUUCCGUCUCCCUCUCCCGGUCUCGGGGCUCAAAAUCCAACAUAGCCAUUGCGGCUCAAGGAUUUCUCGAUUCUUGCUGCCUCCUUGGCCUCCUUGGGGCGGCAUUUCCGGUCCAGACCGCUCUUUUACGGAGUUGUGUGCUUGCGCCGAGGGCGGCGCUCUCUGCCGGAGGAGAUGAGGGCCUGCCAUGUCUGUUCCGUUCUCGCGCAGCUCAUGCUGCUGUGGCUGGGCGUCGCCGCCGCGCAGAAGGCCACUUCUUGGAAGACAUUGAGCGGCAAGGCUCCAGCAAUCGUAGCCAAGGGUGGAUUUUCAGGGCUGUUCCCUGAUUCAAGCCCAGAUGCUUAUGGAUUUGUGCAGUAUUCUAGCUCGCCGGAUACAGUGCUAUACUGUGAUGUUCGGCUAACCAAGGAUGAGGUUGGCUUGUGCCUGCCGGACAUAAAGAUGGACAACUGCACAAAUAUUGCAGAUAUCUAUGCACAGGGUCAGAAGAGCUACCUUGUCAAUGGCGUGCCUACAUCAGGAUGGUUCUCUGUAGACUACAAUAACACUGAGCUUGGACAAGUGUCUCUCAUCCAGUCAAUCGCUUCCCGGUCACCCAGAUUUGAUUCAAAUUUCUAUCCACCACUUGCUGUCGAAGAUGUGCGGUCCAAAUUCAAACCUCCUGGAAUUUGGCUCAAUGUUCAGCAUGACAGGUUUUACAGCCAGUUCAAUCUAAGCAUGAGGAAUUAUAUCAUUUCUGUAUCUAAGCGUGUUGUUGUCAAUUAUAUCUCAUCACCUGAAGUGAGCUUCCUCACCAGCGUACUUGGAAGAGUUAGCAAAAAGACAAAGCUUGUGUUCCGCUAUCUUGAUGAGAGCACUCUCGAACCAUCUAUGAACCAGACGUAUGGUUCCAUGUUGAAGAAUCUUACAUUUGUCAAGACAUUUGCAUCCGGGAUACUUGUCCCAAAGAGCUAUAUUUGGCCUACUUCGGCAGAUAAUUAUCUGCAGCCGCACACUUCAGUUGUCAAUGAUGCUCAUAAAGCUGGGUUGGAAAUUUAUGCCGCUGAUUUUGCAAAUGACUUUAUGAUCAGUUACAACUACAGCUACGAUCCCUUAGCAGAAUGUCUGACGUUCAUUGAUAAUGGUGUGUUCUCUGUUGAUGGUGUACUGACUGAUUUCCCUGUUACACCAUCAGAGGCAAUUGGGUGUUUUACCAAUUUAAACAAAAGCAACACAGAUCAUGGAAAACCUCUUAUUAUUUCCCACAAUGGUGCUAGUGGGGACUACCCCGGUUGCACUGAUCUAGCUUAUCAAAAAGCAGUUGAUGAUGGCGCAGAUGUCAUUGAUUGCCCUGUCCAAGUGACCAAAGAUGGAGUGCUAGUAUGCAUGAGUUCAGUUAAUCUAAUGGAUGAUACUACUGUUGCAAGAUCGCAAUUUGCCUCUCAGACGGCAGUGAUCAAAGAAAUUCAGAGUGCGCGAGGAGUCUUUACGUUCAACCUCACUUGGGAUGACAUUGUAAAGAAUCUGAGACCCAUAAUAUCUACCCCAUUAUCCACCUACAGAAUGGAUAGAAAUCCGAGGUACAGGAAUGCAGGAAAGUUCAUGAGACUAUCAGACUUUUUGGACUUCACAAAGAAUAAGGAUUUAUCAGGAAUCAUGAUCAGUAUAGAGCAUGCCACUUUUGUGGCAGAGGAACUUGGAUUUGACAUGGUUGAUACAGUUAUCAAAGCCCUUGGCGAUGCUGGUUACAACAAUCAAACUACCCAGAAAGUUAUGAUUCAGUCGACGAAUAGUUCAGUUCUAGAGAAGUUCAAGCAGCAAACAAAGUACGAUCUUGUGUACAUGAUCAACGAAGAAGUCAGGGAUGCCACACCUUCUUCCCUCGUGGACAUCAAAAAGUUUGCUAGUGCCGUAUCCGUUGAUACCAGCUCUGUUUUCCCUGAACCCCACCAUUUCACAAUGUACAAGACCAAUCUUGUCCAGACACUGCAGACUGCGGGUCUCUCGGUCUAUGUUUACACUCUCAUGAAUGAGUUUGUGUCUCAGCCAUACGACUUCUUCGCAGAUGCGACAGUGCAGAUCAAUGCGUAUGUUAAGGGCGCGGGAGUGGACGGGCUGAUCACUGAUUUUCCUGCCACAGCUCGAAGAUACAAGGUGAACAGUUGCAUGAACAUGGGCAACAGCGCGCCGAUUUUCAUGGCCCCUCCUCGUGCUGGCGAUCUCAUGCAAAUCAUCAGCAAACUUGCGCAACCACCAGCAUUGGCUCCCAUGCCGCUCCUCACAGACUCGGACGUGGCGGAGCCGCCCCUGCCUCCCGCCAGAUCAAACAGCAGCACAGCUCCAACACAUUCCGGCGCAACCAGGAUGCAUGCUCAUGCUACGCACAUCCCGGUCCUUGUCACACUGGCGGUGCUUUUCGCUUGGUGUUCCCUGGUCUGAGAUUGCAAUGCAAGUCACGCUCGUCAUUCGAGUUGGACACAGCGCCAAUCUACUAAUCAAAUAUUCUUCUCUCCACCUGUAGCAGACUAGCCUUAGUUCAUUUGUUCAGUGAAUAUGCAUUUGGGGGCACAUGACACUUCUCUGAGUUGCCCAUGCUGACGUUUCAGUACAUACAUGUAAGACGGGGAAGAUAUUGCCCAUGUCUUCUUCUCAAGCUCUGGACAAAGUAAGGGCUAUGAUCUAGUGUAAGCAACUCAGAUGGCAUAGUUCUCUACAAUCUGAGCCUAUGAGCCAUGACUGUUCUGUCCUGAAAGGCUGAGGAAUAUGAAAGUUGCGAACACAAUCCCUGAAUUAUGAUGGUGUUACACAUGAGAUGGAUGUGUUUCCGGAUUA